UUAAGGGAGAAGGAGAAGAAACCAAUGCUGGUUUUGAUGAGGUAACUAGUUUGUCAAACUUAAGAGUUUUGAAGGUUUGUAUCUGUGAUGCAGAGUGUAUCCCUAAAUAUGUUGAGUUCAAUCCGAAUUGGGUUGAAUUUGAUAUAUGUAUCGGCACAUACGACAAGAUGGAAGGCUCUGAUCGAUAUGCUCGUAAGUCAAUAUCCUUGAAGCUUGACACCAUCAGUCGCUUGCCGGACUGGUUUUUCAAUACGGUGAUGAAUAGAGCAGAGAGGCUAUGGUGGGAAGGGUGCCGAAGGUUAAUAGACAUAUUUGUGGAAUUUGAGCAUGGGAGAUUACAGGGACUGACGCAUCUCUCUAUAAUUGGUACCGAUAGCCACGAGCUGAUGGAUACAAGAACAUGGGUUCCAAAAAGACCUGUGUUCAAGAAGUUGGAAGAGUUGCAUAUGAUUGGAGUAGAUUGUCAGGAGUCAUGUGUUGAUGAGCUACCACCUGGGUCUCUAUUUAAUUUGAAGGUAUUGAAGGUUCGAUAUUGUUACAAGUGGGGGAAUGUACUUUUACCAUCAACAUUGUUACAGAGACUACCAAAUCUUGAAGAACUAUGUUGUCGUUUCAUGGACGAGAUUGAAUAUGUGUUUGGGUAUGAAGCGUUAUCUGAGCCAAAACAAUCAAAAUUGAGAAGUGUAGAGUUGUGUGGUCUGUACAGAGUAAGAAGCAUAUGGGAUGGACCUGCUCCACUCGCAAUGUUUCAGACUCUUCAAAUUUUGAACAUUAGACAGUGCAACUUGCCGGGAAGUCUCUUCACCUCUGAUAUUGCCCAGUGUCUUUCUCAGUUGACCUACAUUAAUUUACAGAAUUGCCCUUUUUUGGAAAGAAUAGUUGAGGCAGGCAACAAGAAGAUCAUUCUACCAAAAUUGAAGCGGUUAAGUUUGGCGGAACUUCCGAUGUUGUACUCUGAAAGUGCUACCAUUGAUAUUGAGUGUCCUUCAUUGGAAGACUUGGAUGUGUUGGACUGUCCCAAGUUUUCAGCCUCUAUUUAUGACUUCAAGCCAGAGAGAGAAGUCCAACUCAACAGGGUUUCCUCACAGAAGCCUCAUUGCCCUAUUUGGCGGCGAGCCCCUAUAGAGCUGUCAUCAGACUCUUUUUCGACUCGGUUCGAGUCUGAUGUGAGGUCAGGGUCCUCGAUUGACUUGUCCUUGGUCCGAGGUGGAGAUUGCGGUGGCUAUGUGUGAGUUGAGGAAGGAGGAGAUCGUGGCGAUUGUCCGACCUUGGUUCUUUUCUAGCUGGCCUUAGUGGCGGAUUAGCUUGGUGUGGUUGGAUCGGAGGCUGUCUGGUGGUGACGGGUCAUCGACGGGGCUUGGAUCUAAUCAGAAUAGUCUGAUAUAGAUUGGGCUAGAUGAUUCUAAUUUGGGGAAGGGAAUGAUUGGAAAGGGUGGUGCUUCUCCACGACACAACAGGGAUGGCAAAGCGAGGUUGACAGAGGACCGGCGACGGUGGUUGUUCGGCAUAGCGGGUGGUCCGUCGGAGGAGGUGGGACUAGGCCAGGCCAAGCUUGGCUGGCAAGCUGUGAUCUACUUGCGCCCUGGAUUGCUUGGGCUUGGGCCCCCUUUUUGGGCUUUGCCUUGGCUGAUUUUUUUAUUUUUGUUUUUAGAUUUAAUUUGUUUAGUUGGAUAUUGUUGUCUUGCCUUUGGUGUGUAUUAAGUCUUUGCAUGUAUCUUGUAGGGC